GUUCUUUUGUAAAAAAAAAAAAAAGAAACCAAAGGCAACUUCGUACUCUACAACCUCCGAUGCGGUGCUAGUGAUAACUAACGAAGGUCAAAACUGUAACUGGAAACCCAAUCAGUCAUCCCUUCAAGAUUCUAACUUUGCACGCAAAACAGGGAACAAUGGCGAUGGAGCAGGAAAUCAUUGGUGGGUCUGAGAAUGAGAGUCUGGAUCUGCUUCCAUCGGCUCUACUGGCCACCAUCUUCACCAAGCUUGAUGUCUCCUCCAUCUGCUCCUGCGCCACCACUUGCAAGACCUUCAAUUCCUGCAUUUCUCACAUCCUUUCUUUCCUACCCACUUUUCACCUUCUCGAUGUUGCGCCUUCGCUUGAUUUGCUGAGACCUCUAAUGCCGCCGAACCCGUGCGUGAGGAGCCUGAAGGUUGAUUGCAAUCGUCUUGAUGAUUCGGCGAUCCAGACUUUGGUGAGACCUUCUUUGCAGGAGCUUUCUCUGAUUAAUUGCGCUGAUUUUAGUGGGAAAUUGCUUUCUGAGAUUGGAACCAUGUGCAAAGACCUAAGAUCUCUCUUCUUGGGGUCCGUGGCUGAAAAACGAGGACGGGCUAUACAUAUUUCUGAUUUGGAAGAGUUACUCGGUGGUUGCCCUCAAUUAGAAGGACUUGUCCUCAUGUUUGAUGUGUCAUUGUUUCUUCGUCAUAACUUUGCUCGAAUAUGGGCUUUGGCUUCAGAAAAACUCGUCUCUCUUGAGAUUGGCUACAUUUCAUCUGUAAUGAUGACUGAACUACUUAGCCCAAAUCAAUCACCAAAUCAUAUUCAACCUUCGAUCUUGCCAAACAUUCAAAAAUUGUGUCUUUCAGUGGACUAUAUUACUGAUACAAUGGUUGCUACAAUUUCUAAAGGUCUCAUCUCCUUAUCCCAUUUGGACCUUCGAGAUGCACCAAUUAUUGAGCCAAGCCUUACAAUUGACCUUACAAACAAUGGCCUUCAACAAAUUAAUCAGCGCGGAAAACUGAAAUAUCUCUCUUUGAUCCGGAGCCAGGAGUUCAUCCCUACCUAUUUCAGGAGAGUAAAUGAUCUUGGACUCCUCUUAAUGGCUGAUAAGUGUGCGGAUAUGGAAAGCAUAUGUCUCGGAGGCUUUUGUCGGGUUACUGACACAGGUUUCAAAACAAUAUUUCAUGCCUGCUCCAAGCUAUAUAAGCUUAAGGUGUCCCAUGGGACUCAGUUAACUGAUUUAAUAUUUCAUGAUAUUUCUGCUACUUCACUUUCCUUGUUGCAUGUUAGCUUGAGAUGGUGUAGUCUUUUAACUAACCAAGCAGUUGCCAGUUUGGCAUCUAAUAAGAAUCUUAAAAUUCUUGACUUGAGAUGCUGCAGAAACCUUGGUGAUGAAGCCCUUAGAGCCAUAAGGAAUCUGACAAAACUAAAAUCUUUACUGUUGGAUGGCUCUGAUAUUAGUGAUAUGGGAUUAUCAUUCUUGAGACCAAGUGUUAUACAGUCCCUUGUGUCAUUAUCUGUUAGAGGGUGCAAAAAGCUUACAGAUAAAUUCAUUUCAGCUCUUUUUGAGGGCUGUCCAAUAACCGAGUUGCGAGAGUUGGACCUAUCCAAUCUUCCCCAUCUCUCUGAUAAUGGAAUCCUGUUACUGGCAAAAAGUCGUAUUCCAAUUGUUGAACUGAGAUUGCGACAGUGUCCUCUCAUUGGUGACACUUCAGUCAUGGCGUUGGCCUCAAUGCAAGUCGACGACCAGAGGUGGCAUGGCAAUAGCUUACGGCUAUUAGAUGUAUAUAACUGUGGCGGCAUCACACAGCUUUCAUUCCGCUGGUUGAAGAGGCCUUACUUUCCAAGAUUGAGAUGGCUGGGGGUGACAGGGAUCGUAAAUAGAGAUAUGGUAGAUGCCUUGGCUAGGAAUAGACCAUUCCUACAUGUAGCUUGCCGUGGUGAGGAGCUAGGUUUCGAACAAUGGGAUAGCUCUGAUGGUUUGAACAUGCAUGACUAUGACGAAGAGGACGAGCUUGAACAAUGGCUUUUAGAAGGUGAAGUUGAAGGUGGCAUCGACGACGAGGAGAUGGUUGAUGCAGAACUAAUGGAGUAAUUUGAUAUGAGAAGAAUUUCUUUGUUUGUUUAAAUUGAUGUAUGCUUAGGUAAAUUUCUGUUUGUUUAUGUAUGUAUAAUUUAAUGUUGGACUUACAACAACUAUGAAUCUUAUUUAUGUUAGAUUAUGUUAAUGGAAAAUUCUGUAGAACCUGAGCUAACCCAUAGGCAUGUCAAAAAAUAUUUGGAUACCUAUUGAAUCUUUGAUCAGAUUCGUUCUGACC